AUCGCCAUAACUUAACGGGACUCUUGGAGUUGGGAGGUCACUCACUUCCUUUCCUAGAUGAAUCGUCAACCACACAAAGUAUUGUUGUAUUUUUUUUUUUUUACUUUACUGGCUUCGGUCAUUGUGGAAUCUGUCAGUGUUAGCACUCUGCUGGGUCAAAGUACAAGACAAUGUCUUUAAAAGGAAAAUACGUAACUGCGACAUCUUUAUUAUUGACAUCUCUGAGACAAACUAUACAACUUUCAAAGAGCUUUGUGUGCUGCAGUGGAAUUAAAGUUAAUAUUAGAUGUUUUAUGGAGGUAAAUAGCACCUGUUUAGUGUGCUCUCGACUUCAACUCAAUUCCACAGCAGGACUGAAUAUCUGUAAAUGGUGUUUACAUAUUUGCUGACUUAUUUUUCACUGAGCUCCAGCAACAACAAUAGUGGCAAAAAAGUCUUAAUUUAAAGCAAAUAUCAGGCAUUACUAAACACUUCAAAGUCAAAGUAAACUAACAUGGCUGUCGUCAGCAUUUCAGUCAUCUUAUCUGCAGCUUCAUCUGGCUGAGAUGCAAAGAUGUCUUUUUUUCGUUGACUUUCUCACGAAUUCCACAAAGCUAGCUUGAUGCUAAAGUAACAUUACCAAUACUUUCUCAGCUAGAGAGCCACCUAACCGGACCGGUCAGUUGUACACAUGUCAACACUGUGAUCGUAGUUGUCGUCCAAGCGGGUUUAACCUGGAAAAAACUUUGCUUGGCGGCUAAGUUAGCAGCUAAAGUGGAAGGAAAUAAGGCUCACAGAGAAAAAGCCUUUCGUUCGCAGUUAAAGGCACGCUUGGUUGGGUUUAGCUAAACAUUGGCAGCAUUAGGACGGCUCUGUGCUUGGUGGAAGUUGGGUUUAAUGGUUUAAAAGUAGAAUGUUUUGUCCAAGAAGCAACGGCACGGAAGAAAAGCAGGUAUUGUCAGACGAGAAGCUUUCAACGCGGAGCUUUUUUGGAAGCAACUACUCGCUCAAAGUUUCACACGCAGACAUUUACGAAAAAAAGAUCACUUCUUUUUACCUUUCAUCGCGGCAGUGUUUGGAGCCAUUUUUGUGCCGCAGCUGCAUUUUUUUCCAUCCACUUGCACCGGAGACGUCAGUUCCUGUAGUUUGUCUGCUGGUCUGCUCGGCUGAUGAGGACUUCUUGGUCCGACUCGCCGGAGCCCUCGCCGCACCAUGGCCAGCGACGCCCUCUGGCGGACAACUGUCAAAAUGAACGCCUGACGUCAGGGUUACGUUAUUGAGACUACUUCCGCAUUUCAGGCACACAGUUAUGCAAUAACAACAUUGAAAUCUUUAAAUUAUGGUCAUUAUUUAUUUUUUUAAAUUUAGAUUAGCCUUGCUUGAAUUGUUGCUAUUAUAUUUUCUUUUUUCAAUUUUUGUAAUGUAUUUUGUAAUCUCUAUUUGCUAUUUUAUUUUUUAUCUUUGCUUGUAAUCAUGCAUAAUGAUUAUAUGUAAAUUGCUCAUCUUGUAAUUUGUCAAAUGUGUUGGAUUCAAAGCUCCUGGCUGCCACAACCAGCAGGCAGCCUGAUUGACAGACAAAAGGUCCAAUCAGCUGUCAACGCCGCGCCAUGGCCAGCGGCGUUCUCUGGCGGACAACUGUCGAAAUGAACGCUGACGUCGACGAGGAACAUCAUUGAGAUUACUUCCGCAUGUCAGUCAAACUGUUACAAUACAAACGCCGCUCUUUCGAAAGUACGCAAACUAAAACAAAUGAAACACGUUAUUGUAUAAAUGUAUAAUUUACCACAGAUGUAUUUAUAGCAGAAAUACUGCACAUAUGUUUCUCAGACACGUAAAACACUUUAUUGCAUCUCGUGCACCAUCAUCAUAUAAUCGUCUAUGCUCAUUGAAGGUACCAAAAUAUUUUGCAUAUGAACAAGACAUGUAUGUAAAUGUAUAUAAGUAUCUUAAUAAUCGUAAAGUGACUCCGCCUACUAGAUUGUUGACUGAGCGCCACGUACUGGCUGCUUUUAAGCAGCUAGCGGGCAUCCUGAUUGACAGAGGAACAGUCCAAUCAGCUGUCAACGCGACGUCGAUGCCAAGACUGCAUCCAAUGGUGUUAGCAGUGGGCGGGACGUCACUAUGGUGACCGCUGCCGGCAAGGGGAGGCCACUAACGGCUUGUACUGGAUGUAGCAGGUGGCAGCAGUAAACAAACAGCAGCUAGCAAAAAGGUCUCUGAAGAGUCAAAAGUGAAGCUUCAAGUAAGUGUCGUACCUAUCUGCAUACCAAAAUAGAUGGUGAUGGUGAGAGGUAAAGCGCUGACCCAUGGUACUGUGGUUCUGCUCAGUCUGUGGCUGUGCAUCCACUCAGUGCCCAUUAAUGUGGACAAGAGCAAAGAGAAGCCCCAACAGGAAGAGCUAGAGGUCCCAGAAGGUUUUGACUCCGGGCUGCACUACGACCGCUACCUCAGGGAGGUCAUCGAGUACCUGGAGAAAGACACUCACUUCAGGGAAAAGUUAAAAAACACCAACAUGGACGAAAUCAAGCAAGGCAAACUGUCAAAAGAGCUGGACUUUGUCCACAACAGCCUGCGCACCAAGCUGGAUGAGCUGAAGAGGAAAGAGAUGACCAGGCUGCGGAUGCUCAUUAAAGCCAAACACGACAUGGCGGCAGGGGAUGGCUGGAAAGUGGAUCACCAGGCUGUGCUGAAACAGUUUGAGCACCUCAACCACGACAACCCACACUCGUUUGAGCCGGAGGACCUGCACCGCCUCAUCCAAGCGGCCACAAAGGACCUGGAGAACUUUGACAGGGAACGCCAUGACGAGUUCAAGCGCUAUGAGAUGAUGAAGGAGCAUGAGAGGAGGGAGAACCUGAAGCUCAUGACUGAGGAGGAGCGGAAGAAGGAAGAGCAGCACUUCAAGGAUAUGAAGAGGAAACAUGCCGAUCACGUCAAAGUCAACCAUCCUGGAAGUGAGGACCAGCUGAAGGAGGUAUGGCAGGAGGCUGAUGGUUUGGACCCGAAUGACUUCAACCCAAAGACCUUCUUCAAAUUGCACGACAGCAAUGGAGACGGUUUCUUUGACGAGAACGAGCUGGAAGCCCUCUUCACUAAAGAGCUGGAGAAGGUCUACAACCCGAACAAUGAAGAAGACGACAUGGUGGAGAUGGAGGAGGAGAGACUGCGGAUGAGAGAGCAUGUGAUGAACGAGGUGGACACCAACAAAGACAGACUGGUGUCACUGAGUGAGUUUCUGGCGGCCACAAAUAAACAAGAGUUCCACGAAAAGGAAGAGUGGGAGACCUUGGAGCAAAACUCCUUGUUCACCGAGGAGGAGCUGGCAGCGUACGAGCAACAGCUGGCCAAAGAGGAGAAGAUGAUCAUCGACAAGGCGGCCGACCUGCAGGAGCAGAGGGAGGAGCUCCAAAAGAAGCAGGAAGAACUCGACACUCAGAAGCACCAACUUCAGCAGGCCUUGGAUGAUCUGCAGAUGAGGAAAGUCCAGGCUGAAGACACAGCAUAAACCUGGAAGCGGACAGACGCUAACCAUCCAGCAACAAGACCCACCUGUGCCUGGACAGUCUAAACGGGCCUUAAUAGCAGGGAGUGUGCAUGUGUUUGUCGUAACUGCAAUGUUAUGUCCUCUCAAUGUUUUCGUUUUUUUAUCCCCACUGGAUGAAUGAAGAUAGGCCUAUACAAGCCAAUAUGGCAGGGGUGUCCAAAGUGUGGUUAUCAAUUAGAAAAUAUUUUAUACCUAAGAAAUAACAUGAAACAUUAUGGAGGAUAAUAAUUAUUGAAAUGUAUGUAAUGGCCUAGCAUUUCUUUGACCUACGCUGGAGUGGUUUUAGUGCAUCUAAUACAAAAUAGAAUAAAAGUGAAUAAUAUCAGAGAGGCCCCCUCAUCCUUUAUUUGUAUGUGGACCUCAGUGGAAGAAAGGACACCCUUUUGAGGAAGGGAUUAAAUUUGUUUACUUUAUACUGCUGUCACGCACACUCAGAGGAAUUUAUUUGAAUCAAAGUAUUUUUUCAGGCCAGAUAAUGUUUAUUUACUGUAAAAGUAACCAAACAUUCUGUGAGGUUAAUGAAACUGAUGGAAGAAUUGGAAUCCCCAAAAUGCCAAACCACACACAUUUCAAUUCAUUUAACACAAAGCUUCCAUCUGGCUUUGGUCAGGCAUUUACAGUUUCCCAAAGUGUCAUUCAAAAGUAUUUCUAUCUUAAGUUCGUAUUAUUGAAGUAGGCUACUUUAUUAACAGUAUUUGCAAUGAGUGUGAAUUGUGCCUUUCUAAACUUGAAUGUUGGCUUCCUGUCUCACAUUCCACCACAUGAUGUCUCGAGUGGCAAUAAAGUGAACGAGCCUGCAAGUGUUAAGACGUGGGUUUUGAAUCAUCUCUAAAUUCAUCACUUGGCAGUCCGAUACGAGCGGCGUUAGUGCUAAUCAUCCGCGUAGAUGUAGCUGAAACGCUCAGCCAGGUAGGCGCUAAGCUGCACUGGGGGGUACUUGUCCGAUCCGUCAGUGCAGGUGAUGACCGUCUGGUCAUCAGGCAUGACGAAGAAAGCCAGAGCCUGGCGUGUAGUGGAAUCACCAGCAGGGGGCAGCAAAACUCUGUGGAGCUGAUGGACAGAUUGAACAGCCAAUGGCAAGCCAGACAACAACAGAGCGUUUACGACCUAAAUACUGGUUUUCACAGAGAGCCCUCUAGACAUGAAAUAACACUCCUAUAGUCCCAAUAUAGUAGACCAGGGGUCACCAACGUGGUGCCCGCGGGCACCAGGUAGCCCCCCACGACCACAUGAGGUGCCCGCAAGCCUGCUUUUCAUUCAGGUUUUCAGUUAAUAAUGAAAGAACAGUAGAAAGAAAUGUAUUCUGAAAUGCAAAAUGUGAGUUGUGGACACCAGCAUUUAAUGUUCUGGUAAAACAAGCAUAUUCGCUUUGUUUGGGUUUAAAAUAAGCUCUGAAAAUAAAUGUUACAAAAAUGAGUAGCUCUUGGCCAUUUUCAUUUUGUAAAAGUAGCUCUCACAAGGAAAAACGUUGGUGACCCCCGUAGUACACACAUGAGAAAAUAACGCAUUUAAGACAUAAGUCAAAAUAUAGACUCACACGUUGGUGAUGGUAGAGUUCCUUCCGGUUCUUUCUUAUUUUAGCUUCCUGCGGUUGCUAUUGUCUCAUUAAUGUAACAUUACUGACGCCCAGAGACCAGUGAAUAGAAUGAUGUGUAGAAUACUACAUAUCACAACAUCUUUGCAUGGGUCUUCUGAAUGCCUUAUAUUUGUGUUUUAGUUUAGCCAUUGUUAUGAUUAAAAACGCUUAAUUUAGGUAAACAGGCUGUGAAAUUGGCUUCAAUAUGUAUAUUUUUGGACUAAAAGGCCAUAUUCAACCACAAAAUAGCGAUUUAUUAUAUUUUUGAAAAACCAGGAUGGAGUGAAGCCGCGAAAUUAAAAUUGCAAAGUGGCAAAAUAGUCAAGUGUAGCAUUUACUCAGUGACUAACAUUUUGUAUCCAUGAAGCGACCAGAACUUAGCAUAAAAAGUAAAGAAGAUUUCAGUGUUUGCUCACCACAGAGAUAAAUUUAUCAUUGGUCCAACGCUGCAUCAUGUCUGCGAUGUUGACUAGAAUCGCCCCGGGGAUGCAGGGAGCAGAGAUGAACUCACCAGAGCGUUCAUGCACCUGAAAUGUCAGCAAGGAAUUUACGUCACAGUCACAGCAGUAAGACUCCAGCGUCAUACGUUAACUCCCUUGUUAGCAAAGUUAACAUUUUAUACUAUUAACAAUGCGUCGCUUCUUUUUACACUUGUGUGACACUUAAAAACAAAAAAAAUGCAUUGACUGAUGAAAAGCUUUCCCCAACCAAUAGGAAGGUAGUGUCAUGUUUCAUGUUUCGCUUUCAAAGCGGGUGCCUUCCUGUACCAAAAGCGCAUACAAAUGCGAAAUAACGUGAUGACGCAAUGACAAAAUUAUGGCGAAUAUUAUUGAUCGUAACUCUGGUUUCCCUUGACCGAUUUACACCAUUUAAAGAUACGUGUAGUGUAAAGUCUCUACUUUCGACCCAGGUUCCAAAAGAGCAUCGGUGUGGUUGUGUCAUCAUGCUGUGCUGGCGUACACGAGGUGGUUGACUCCUGAGGCUUGUAAAAUGUUUACGAUGACCACAGUUUAACCCUGGAACAAAUUCGUUGUGUUUAUAUACUGUACAUCCUAUGGGUAAAGAGCACUCUAGAAUAGUGUGUGUUUGACCUUAGAGGUUCCACUGUAUUAAGAAAAAGUGAUGGUUUCCUUACCUGCAGACCUUCAGAAUCCUGGAACAACAAGGUGAUGCUUCCAUAGUCUGAAUGCUCGCCACAUCUCAGCUGACCCUCCUUGGCCAGCUCUCUCUUGACCGGAGGAUAGUACAGCGAACGCAGCGUUGUUGUGUUGUCAUCAGCUACAAGAGAAACAGACAAGGUUUCAGCCAACAUGACAUCCAGACUCCAGGUUUUUUUUUCCACUACAGCGCCCUCUGCUGGAUGCGAUGGGUCACUGCCGUAAUUGGCCGCAAUGCAAAACAAGCAAGACAUGACAUGGGGACGUGAGGGCCAGCACGUACUUCCAAUCCAGCGGUGAGCGCCCAGGAACACAUCGGGAUCCAGAUCCAAACUGUGGGCCAUCACCUUCAAAAUCCGUAGGCUCAGCUCUUUGCAGCGCUGAAAAAAAGCCGUCUGGGUCUCCUGGAAUCCCGCCGCAAUCUCAGGGGAAGGCCAUUUCUACAAAAAACAAAAAGAGUCAAACUGGAACAAUUCUAGAACAUUUGACUGAUUCUGAAAGCCUGAAAUUAAUAAAUGACUGAUUGGAUCAAUGAGUAACAUUUUAUGGGUGGGUGUCAGUCUUUUGGUAGUGAUGUUAAAAAGUACCAAGUAUCAGUAGAGAUAAGUAUACUUCAUAUGUCAGGAUGUUAAAAAAUACUAUCAGUAAGUAUAAUAAGUAUACUUACCUUGUCAGGACGUAAAAAAGCGUGUUGUAUUGGUAUUGAUAAGUCUAUUUAAUAUGUCAAGGUGUUAAAUAGUACAAUGUAUCAGUAAGUAUUAUAGUUCAAAGGACUUCAGUCUGAUGAGUCAAAAACAGGUGAGAUUUUCAGUGAAGGUGUUGAGUAAAAGGUGUCGCCAUUCAAAGCAUUCAACUGAUUGUAGUUGUGUCAUUUCCAGCAAGACAGUCUGCCUCAAUGAAUGCAUCUAUUCACAUCUGAUCAGGUUUAAG